AUGGUCACCCUGCAACUGAAGCACAAAGAAAUAAAGCAAAUUAAACCCAAAGUUGUAGGAGACUACAAUUUUGGGAUGAAGGGUGUGGACCUGAGUGACCAAAUAGCACAGUCGUACCCAGUAACCAGGAAGACACUGAAAUGGUUUAAAAAAAUCUUUUUCUACCUUCUAGAUAUGACAGUAAUAAAUUCUCUAUCAGUACACAAGGUACUUGGAGGGAAAAUGUUGCAAGCAGAGUUCAAGUUCGAGCUUGUGCGAGGGCUCUUACAGCAAGGAGAACAAACUGGUAGGAAGAGGAACCCUCCAUCUCGCAUCCCAGUUCAUCCAUUACCUCCUGCUGCUGCUGAUACUCCUGCUGACAUACAUAUGCCAGAGGACACACCUUUACAGAAGUGGAAGAGGUGCAGUCACUGCUGGAAGCAAGACCGGCAAAGAAAGGAGACACGUAUAAAGUUUCAAAGUGUACCAUGGGCUUCAGAAUGCAUCUUGAAUAAGCAAGGAUGA